ACUAUUGUCAUUUCUAGCAGCAUUUGCUUAUAUGCUUUUGUUUGACUACAAGGAAAAUGGUGUAUCUCAAUCCGAAUUUGCUGUGCUGUUUUGGAUUGUUAAUAAGUUUGUGGAUGAAUUUCAGCAGAUAUGUAUAGCUGUUUACCGUGACAGUAAAAGAAAGAGAGAAAAAAGUUUCUUAACGGAAUACGGCCAGGACAUGUGGAAUCGCCUCGACUUAUUGAUAAUAUUAACAUCGUUUCUUGGAUUUAUUGUAAAGUUAUUGUUUGAGGAUGAUUUUCUGCAAGGGUUUGCAAAGAUUAUGUUUCUGGUCUCAUAUAUCAUGCUCAACAUACGGGUUCUAAACAUGUUUUGGACGUCAGAGUUCCUCGGUUCUCAGCUUGUUAUAAUUCAGAAAAAAAUAAAGAUAACAUCUGCCUUCAUGGCUAUAAUGAUUGUUAUAAUGAUGUGCUACAAUGUGGUGGAUUAUGCCCUCCUGUAUCCAAACACAGAGUUCACAUGGACGGAAAUAGAAAAUAUUUUCCGAAAUGGUUAUUGGACCCUUUACGGUGACUUCCAGGAAGAUGCUGGUAUGCUUUAA